AUGAAUGCACCUGAUCGUUACGAGCGUUUUGUCGUCCCUGAAGGCACCAAAAAGGUUUCUUACGAGAGGGACACCAAGAUCAUCAAUGCUGCUUCUUUCACCAUUGAAAGAGAAGAUCACACUAUCGGAAACAUCCUUCGCAUGCAACUCCACAAAGACCCCAACGUGCUUUUCGCUGGAUACAAGCUUCCUCAUCCUCUUCAGUACAAAAUUAUUAUUAGGAUACAUACCACCAGCCAGUCUUCACCAAUGCAGGCAUACAACCAGUCUAUUAACGAUCUCGAUAAGGAGCUUGAUACCUUGAAGAGUGGUUUUGAGGCUGAGAUGUUGAAGUUUUCAAAGGACUACUGA